AUGUCUCUUGUACUGAAUCUCUUAAGACAACUGCUGGAAUAUUAUGGUGUGCCACCAGAAUUGGUAAGCAAAUAUUAUUGACAAGCUCAGGAGUGGGGAUGUUUUAUGGAAGUUUUGUAUUAAAACAGAGUUAGAGCUAUACAGUUUUCACAGUGUUCCAUGACUCCAUUCUGUAUGCUUACCAUCAGCGUCUAGGGUUCUUCUGGGGAGUAGAGCAAGAAGACGGCUGAAUGAUUGAGAAACUUGUAUAUCCUUCCUGGAGAGGAGGAGUCUUGCAGUUUCAGAUUUGAUUUCAGCACUGAAAGUGCUUAGUACUGCAUUUAUCACCAAUAACAUAGUAGUAAAGAAGAACAUCAUAAGGGACAAGAAUUAGGAGUCAAACAAUGUCCUUAACAAAAAAAGGACUAUAAUAAAUAUCACGGAAGAGAGGCAUAAACCACCCUCUAUAAUCUGAUUGAUCUAUAUAAUGUGAGUUUGCCUCUCUGUUCCACUCCCUGCUGACCUGAAGAACAAAGCGAGUCCAACUUUCUGUUCUCAAUCAGGAGGGUAGUGCACCAAAUAGCAGAGGGGUAUUCAGUAGAAUAAAGUCUCGGAUUGUGAAGGCAGAGCACAGCCACCAUGACUAGAGCUACCAUGUAGAGCUGGAAGGUUCCUCCUUCCCAGGGAUGGCAUGAAGUUUUCCCCUCCUGAUCCUGCCUUCUUUCUGAAGAAGAGUUAGCUCUUUUCUGUUUGCUUCCCUACCCUGCUGACUGAGAAUCUAGAACGUUUGGGUUGAUUAUAGAUUCUUGGAUUUGCAUAGAUUGCCUUUUUAUUACAUUUUUCUUUUUACAGCUUAUACAGAGGUGUGAAGUUUGUCUUAAUGCCUUUGCUCAUAUGAUUGCAUCCCAUCUUCCUUCAAACACCUCUUCAGCAGCACACUUCCAACAGUUAUGUGCCAUCUCAAGAAGCUAUGCAGUAAGAUCAUCAACAUUUUUCUUUUUUCCUUAAUAGUGCUUAUGAAGUGUGUAGGUGUUGGCUUCUUCCAUAGCAAUUUUACUUCAUGACUAGCUUCACAUUUCUGCACUAUCAGAAAUGUUCUCCAGUGUGUCCUUUCCCUUCACUUCUUUCUUUCUUUCUUUCUUUUCUAUCUUGGGAGUUUUCCAUACAUCAUGAUGAUUAAUGAUAUUUCUAUGCCAUCCUGUAACCAAAGUUAUUGGUGGCAUACAUAAAAAUGUUUAAAAUAAAAUAUAAGCAAUGAAAAUAAGUUGCAGUAUAUGCAACACAGGACAGAUUAUGUAAUAAAAUUUAGCAAAUAUAUGCUUUUUCACAAGCAGUUAUCUUUUUGUAACUUCUACAGUUCUACACUACCUUUUAAUAACUUCAUGUGCUAUUUAUUUUUGUUAAUGAAAUUUCAAGACUGUCCUUCAUCACACACGGUUAACACAGGGUGGUUUCCCACAUAAUGUAACACAGCCUCAUAUAACAUAAAACAGUAAUAAACUUAAAUUGCUAAUAAAAACAAUAAUCAGUCAAACAUGUUGGUGCAGAGUAAAUAGAAAGGUCCAUAAAAACAAGUGUAUUUUAAUUUGACUGUUGACUCCCAGCAAGGAUGUUACCAUCUGUGCUUUCAGGAGAAGAGAAUUCUACACUCAUGGUGCUACGCCACAAAAGACAAGUUCAUAUCCUCCAUCCCGGUAACCAGUUGGUAUGGGAAGAAGUAUAACAGGGUUGCAGGUCAUUUGAAGUUUUAAAAGUCAACACUAGCAUCUUAACUGUGCCUGCUAACAUAUAGGCAGCCAAUACAGAUCAUGCAGAAUAGGUGCAAAAACGGUGCAGAUGCACCUAUCAAUACUCCAGUGGCAGAAUUUACCACUAGCUGGUUAAAAGACAUCUCUGGAUGUCUUUAAGGGAUCCCCAGUGUAGAGUGCAUUUCAUUAUUAUUAUUAUUAUUAUUAUUAUUAUCAUUUAUUAAAAUAAUUCAAGGGGGUUUCCUAGGUAAGUAACACCCAGACUAUUGAAAUGCACUCUAAUAGAAUAGAUAAUAGAUAGAGUGCAUUUCAAUAGUUUAGGUGAUACUUACCUGGGAAACCCCCUUGAACUUGGUACAACCUCCCUUUGAGUAGACAUUCACAGGAUUGCACUGUCAGUGUGCUUUAUUGAAUCUCUCCACCCCCAACCCCAUUAUUUCAUGCCAAGUACUUUUUGACUACUGAAAUAAUAAAAAUAAAAAAUUAUUUAUAUCCCGCCCUCCCCAGCCAGAACCGGGCUCAGGGUGGCUAACAUCAAAAUAUAUAAUACAUUAAGACAUAAAAUUCAGCAAUCGACUGAAAUACAGCUUAAAAUCGGAUUUAAAUCAAAAUAAGAUCAGAUGGCUACCCGCAAAUUAUAACUAUUAGGGGUUGGGAACUUUAAGUACUCACCAUGCUCAGCUAUUUGUAUGAGCCGGUGAGAAGAGUUAGAGAGGCCACUUAUAUGCAGGGUCUUGUAAAAGGAGAGGGGUCAGACUGAGCCCCAACCAAAGGCCUGGCGGAACAGCUCCAUCUUGCAGGCCCUGCGGAAAGAUGUCAAGUCCCGUAGGGCCCUAGUCUCUUGCGACAGAGCAUUCCACCAGACUGGGGCCAGGGCCAAAAGGGCCCUGGCUCUGGUCGAGGCCAGUCUAACCUCCUUGAGGCCCGGGACAUCCAAGAUGUUAUUAUUUGCAGACCGUAAGGUCCUCCGUGGGGCAUACCAGGAGAGGCAGUCCCAUAGGUACGAGGGUCCCAGGUUGUAUAGGGCCUUAAAGGUUAGAACCAGCACCUUAAACCUGACUCUGUACUCCACCGGGAGCCAGUGCAGCAGAUAUAGCACUGGUUGGAUGUGGUCGCACGGCGAAGACCCCGUACGUAGUCUCGCUGUGGCAUUCUGCACCCGCUGGAGUUUCUGGGUCAGCUUCAUGGGCAGCCCCGGAGCAGCAAAUUACAGUAAUCAAGCCUGGAGGUAAUCAAGCAUGGAUCACAGUGUCUAGAUCAGGGCGAGAAAGAUAAGGAACCAACUGCUUAACAUGGCGGAGAUGGAAAAAUGCUGCCUUUGCUGUAUCUGUAACCUGCGCCUCCAUAGAGACGGAGGCGUCAAGGGUUACACCCAGACCGGCACUAAUUGCGCCCCCGCAAGGGAUGGGAGUUUAACCCCCAACCCCAUGUCAUCUCGACCCAACCAGAAGACCUCUGUCUUUAAAGAAUUUAGCUUCAACAGGCUCCCACACAACCAUCCAGCCAUGGCCUUUUGAGAGAUACAACACAUAAAUUAAUGUAUCAGGUAAAAUAAACAUGCUGAAUCAGACGUCAAUCAAUUUAUGAAAACAGUUUCCAACUGAAGCAUUCCUGGGGAAACCCCCCCUUUCCCCCCCUAAAUGUAUGAUUAAAAUUGAUGAUUCGUGUUUACCUUAAAAUCCUGCACAGUAACAAUCACCUUUAUUUGCCCAAACAGCAAGUGUUUGCAUCUGCUACUAAGCUGAAAACCAGCCUACAUUUUUUUAAUUCCUGCAAAACGCAUCUAUCUUAAGGUUUUGGUAAUGUGCGCAUACAUUUUAUUGGCUAAAAUAUAGAUGACAAAGCAACAAAAGUUAUUUUAUUGGUUGACAGCUGUUUUAAAAAUAUUCUCAUUUAACUUGAAGAGGAUUGCUUGAUUCUUAGGUGUCCUGGGCAUGGGAAAGAAAGAAGUAUGGAUCUACCCGAAGUUUCGUUCGCAGACUGGGGAAAUAUCUUUCUUUAACUCCUUGUCCAAGGCCUCAGUUUCAGGUAUAGGGGUUAUUGCAAAGUGUAAGAUUAAUACAAUUUUAAUACAUUAUUUAAAAUCAUGUUCUGUGUGGCAUAUAAUGUAGGGAACAAACAGCAGGCAUCCCUAAAUGAAUUCUACUGGAAUUGUGCUGUUUAGGAUUUGGAAAUUGGUAAUAGAAAUGUAUUUUGAGUUAUGGUAGAAAUGAUUAUUAUCCAGCACUGAGAAUUAAGGAGGAAAAUGGAUAAAGGGAAGGGAAAAUCCUAAAUAUUUCUAUGCUAUGAAUAUGAAAAAGAAGUAUUUGAGAGUCCAGAGCCAAAUGAUUUUGGAGACAAUGAGAUCAUCUAUGCUGUAGUACUUGGGAGGGGGAGUACUGAAUACUAUCUGCUAGCCAUUGCAAUUCAGCUAAAAGAUGGUGCUGUAACUGUGCUCCUGAAAAACAAAUUGAGAGAAUUGUGCUCUCUCCCACCUAAGUGUUGGCUUUUCAGAAGAGUUAAUGGUGGUAGUGCCUCCAAACCUCUUGAAACAAUAUGUAUAACCCUGCUGUUGACAGUUCUAGUUUACCUCAUCUUAAAUGAAUGAUUAGAAUUUUCAAAGAUAAAGACAAGGAGUAAAAAAAGUGGUUGGAAGUAUGGCAUUGCUACCAAAGAGGGCAAUAAAGAGUUGUCAUGUUGGAGGCUGCUUCUUGCCAUUUGUGUACAGUGGCUUGCCAUGCAGAUCAGGUGAUACUCACCAUGUCUCACUUCUCUUUGCCCUUGCGGUUUGAUCCAUGCAGUGAGCCUCUGCACAUCACAUAUUGACACACAAAGGCAGGCAACCCGCAGUGGCUUAAUUGGUGGCUGAUUUGUCUGUUCUUGCUCUCAAAAGGUUAUUCUGCUUGGCAAAUAGCUGAUAGGAUAUCGGACAGGACAACAACAUGGUUCUCGUGCACCACUCACUAAACAGAAAUAAUUCAUUAAAAUACUAGAACUAGUGGAUGCUUGAUAUUUUUAUUUUGUAUAUAGUAUAUUUUGUAUAUAUACAGUAUAUAUAAAUGUAUACUGAUAUACAUUUAUAGACUUUUAAUAACAUUUCUUCCGUGCUGCCUUAGGUAAUCCAGAGUUUGAAUUCUUUGACAUCUGAGCAAAGUAUUUCUAGUAGCUCUGUUACACCAUCUCUUGCUGAUGUUUUGUGGAUGGCAGAAAAUGAAAGAGAACCAUACGCUAGAUUUAGGUAAGUAAAACUGACAUGUCUUUAGAAUAAAUGUUUGUUUUAUAAUGGAAUUGUAUCAGUGAUUCUUAGUUACUGCUUUCCUUACUUUUGAGAGACAAUAACAAUCAGCAUUUGAUUUUUUAUAAGAACAUCAUCCAAGCUUUUGCAGUCACAUUUAUAUUUCUCAGUAAUGGGUUGUAUCCUGAGAAUGGAGAGUGAGGGAAGAUGAGGAUGGUGGCUUUCUCAUUCCCUUUCCUUCUGCCCACCCACCGAGAAAUGCCUCUCUUAAAUGUCAGGAGACACGCCCCCCCCCCAAAGAACAGUGGCAUGGGGGGUUUUAUUGAGAGAAGAAGAUUGCCCAAUAUGUAAUAGAAGCACUUUGUACAAGUAGACUUCUGAUUGUGCAUAAGAAUAUAAGAUGAACCUGCUGAAUCAGGCCAGUGGCCCACCUAGUCCAACAUCCAGUUCUUUCAGUGGCCAACCAGCUGCUUAUGAGAAGUGAACAAGCAGGAUGUGAGUACAACUGCACUCUUCUGCACCUGAGAGAAAUGCCCAUAAAACACAGACAUACGGUAUAUAGAAUUGUGCUGCAGAACACCUAAUGUUGAGUUCUGUCAUGGUCAGAUUGAAUAUGUUUGUAUAUCUCUUUACAGUAAUAAUUUUGGCUUUUUCAGUGUUUCCUCUGUUCACUUAUAAAUCUAUACAUUGGUAUUUUCUAGAUUUGAUGAAUGGAGAGGAGUUAUGCCGGUUGCUACAAAAGGAAGUAUGCAAAACUUAACUGUUGUGAAUGAAGAUGCAUUAAAAAAAAUUUCUGCUCUUGAGAAUGAAUUAGCUCAUCUUCGUGCACAGAUUGCAGCAAUUGUGGCAGUGCCUAGAUCAGGAAAUGAUCAACCAUGUAAGCCUGUCUUUGUGAUUCCUGAUACAUGUGUCCAUGCAUGGCUCCUGUUCUUCAUAAUGUCCAGUCACACUGCCAUCUCAUAGCAACAUUUAUAUAGAAAACUGUCUUGAUAUUUCAUUAUCCAGCACACAGUGUUCAUAUGUUUAAAAGUUAGAUACGUAGUGUAGGCAAGAGAAAACAAAAUAACAUAUAUUAGAAAUAGAAGUCUAGUCAACACACUAGAUAGGAGAGUUAUUGGGAAUUUUGCCUGAAUCCAAAGAACUUGCAAUUAUUUCUAUAUAUUCCUAGGAGGGAACAGCCUUCUCCCCCCCCCCCCCCGCAAUGCUGCCUGGUAAACUUCUUUUCAGAUUGAGGGAAAGAUCAAAAGCAAUUGUGAAAUAGUAUAGAGGUCUACUGUUCAAACAAAAAAGGGGGAGUCAUGGUUGUUGUGUGUUAUAAAAUAUUCAUUAAUUAUGUAAAUGAAAGUUGGGGCUCUGUGCAUUGCCCAUGUUUUACCAUUGUACCAUACCAGCUGAAAAUGUUACUAUAUUCUUCAGGAUUCAGCCUUUUAGAAAUGAGGAUUAUAAACACUUUAACAAAUAAAUUUGUAAACAUUUUCUUUUAGCCCUUAUAACUAUAGUAAUGUGCUUGAAAAGGUGUAAUAGUGAUGUCUGAAAUCUUAAACUAAAGAAGUGGUGGGAGGUUGUCCAGUACAGUUUAUUUACCAUAUUUUUAUCCAAUUCUUUCUCCAUAGAAUUCAUGGCACUAUUUAUAAUAUUACAUUUUACCCUUGCAAUAUUUCUGAGGAAACCUAGGUUAAGAGAGAGUCACUCAGUAGUUGUCAUGGCUGAACAGUGAUCUGAAUCCAGGUCUUCCUUGUCCAAGUCUGAAAUCUGCCAGAACCAGUGUAGCAUAAUGAUUUGUCUGUUGAAUAAUCUUUUUAAAAGAACCUUUCAAGGUAGUAUGAUUUUGUUCCUUGGAGUCUUCUGUUGUUUCAUGGAAGACAACACUUGCUAGACUUUGCAGGUAGUGUUAAAAGUGCAUCAAAGGACCUUCAUGCCAUUGUCAUAUCAACAUUAAAGUUCCCUAAUAUCACCUCUUUAAUUGUUUAAUAGGUUCAGGCAUUGUGAAUUCUUCAAACAUGGCCUUUAAUGCUCUCCCACAGCCAGGAGUGACUUCGACACCAGUCCCAAGUUCUCACAUUGCUGUUCCUCCACCGCCACCAGCACCACCAUGUCCAGCUGUACCGCUAUCUAAUUUUGAUUCCCGUAAUUCAGCCAUUGAGCUUAUUAAACAACGUCGGGCUUCAAGUAAGAUAAGAAAUACUACAGAUAGUACAGGUUGGCAGAAGGAAGAAGCUCUUCCCACUAUGAUGGAUGUUCUGAAGGAUAUAAAUAAGAUCAAACUAAGAGCAGUUGAGAGGUAUGUUGAGCAGAACAUGCGUUUGAAGAUAAAAUAAUGAAUAUAAAAUAUGGUCAACAUCUUCCCUCUGAGAAGUUAUUUAAGAGUGCCUGAAACUGGUGUUAUAUGCACAGGUGCCUAGCUGCUGUCAGCGCCCACUCCUGCUUGAAUGCACUUGGACUGAUGAGUGAAUACUUAAAUUGUGCAGAGAACUCACACUGAACUAGCAGAAUUAUUUCCCCUGAAAAUCUAAGUUGGUGCUCAUAACCUUCCUUCCUUUCCCUGUUCUGCUGAGUGGGUGACAGAGGACAUGGCAUUGAAACCUCUCCUGAUAGUUCGUUAUAGCUGCUACAAAGCAUUUUUGCUAUAUAAUGUAUUUAUUUUUAUUUAACAAACUAUGUAUACAACUUAACUCUAAAUACAGUCGCACCUUGGUUCUCGAAGGUAAUCCAUUCCGGAAGUCUGUUUGACUUCCAAAACGUUCAAAAACCAAGGCGCAGCUUCCGAUUGGCUCCAGGAGCUUCCUGCCCUCAAGUAGAAGCUGCGUCGGACAUUCGGCUUCUGAAAAACGUUCAUAAACCGGAACACUUACUUCAAGGUUUUCAGCAUUCGGGAGCCAAAAUGUACUAGUACCAAGGCAUUCAAGAACCAAGGUACGACUGUACAACCUCAAAGCGGUUUACAAAGAUGAUAAAAAUCACAUCAAGAUGGCCAAUAAAAAUCAAAUUUUAAUUAAAAACAGUUUAUUUUGAAAAGGAAGAUCGAUAAAAUCAAAAGCUAAAAAUAUAUGUUCUACAAUUUGUUGAAUUCAAAUAAUAGCCAUAAUAGGUUAGCUUCCUUUUUUCCCUAAGGAGUCUUUUCCUGGAUCUGAAAAUGAACUGAAAUCAAGAAUGAGGUGUCUGAUAGCAAAUGCAUGCAUUUGAUACCUGAAUGCAUCAGCACAUCACAUAAAUUUGCACGAGAUUGUGCUGUUGUGAAGAUGCCUACUUGUCAUGUAGUUCAAUGCGUCUUGGUGUCAGCUCCCCAGACAUAGAUGAAGAAUUGGUUACCAGUUUUAUUUGAAAAGUUCAAGUGCCUCCUUCAUGCUCUCUCACAUGCAGCUGAACUCAUGGGAAAGGAUCUACAGUGGACUCAAUGAGUUCUUUAACUCUCUUCCCCAAUACUAGGCCAGGUGCACAUAGUGUCAAGUGUCAAGCAAGAUACCCAGAAUUUACUUUGCAUGAGAAUGCAUUGAUUCUUUUCAAAGUGACCCUUUGCUUUCAGAAAGCACUUUGAUCCAACACUUUGAUCCUGUCCGUCAAACCGGGAAGAAAACAACUUUCGCAGAUACACCUCUCCUUGUGACACUUCCCAUGCUAUUCUGAAGAGUACCCCCAAUCCUCUGAAGCAGAUUUGUGAAGGCUUUGGUGGUUGAAGGGGGAGAGGGAAUCCAUGAAAGUUUUCUCUUUCCUGCUUGUAUUGUCAGAAGCCUCCCUGGAAUAAAAAAAGCCUUCUAUCUGUGGAGGGUCACAGAACUGAAGAGGGUGGCAAGUAGUACUGCAUGCAUUUACUAUGUAGGAGAAGCAGCAUCUUUGACUGAAGAUUGCAAACAUUUUGGCUCUCUUUCCAGAUCACCAGGAGGUACACCUCUACCCAAAACAAAAAAAAGAAUUGCAUCACAGUGGGAUCCAGCAGCUUUAAUAGCAGAAGCUCUUAAAGAGAAAUUUGCAUCACAGAACAAUGAUGAUUCCUUUGAUAAAGAGAACAGAUCCUAUGGUACUUCUCCAUUUUCCAGUCCAGAUACCCCAGUGGUAUGUAUAUGUUUUUAUUUUGUUAAUGGCUUCUGUUAUUUAUAUAUGGCAUGAAUACUAGUGAUAUAGAAUGAAGUCUAAUAGUGUCCAGUGUUAUGAUCUCAAUUAAGGGGGGGAAAGCAAAUGCUAAAUAGUUUGUCAUUUUAUUAAUUAUAGAUAUUUUUGUACAGCUCUUAAUUAAAAUUGCUAGGGCAACCUACACAAGAACAUAUAAAGUCAGUUAAAAUACACUUACAGCUUACAGUUUAUAUUAAAAGAAAACAGUAACAAUCAUAACAGGUGAAACUGUAGCACAGCAUAAAAAAGAUCAACAGCAUUGAAGAGAUCUAAAACAUACUAAGAGAUGUAACCAAAUUUAAAAGGUUAAUGCUGCUACAAAAGCAUUAAGCAUGGUUUUAAAGCUAGUGGAGGAAACUUGAGAGUGGACUUCCUGAAGGAGGCUCCCAUGUUGAUCAUUUACCCAUGAUUAAGGAUUGGGAGAGGGUUGCCUCUGCACUAGCUGAACGUCUUUCCCAUCCUUGCCCAGUGCUGGCAAGGGCCUUCCAUCUUCUGCAUUAGGGGCCAGUAGAAGGGGGCUUACUUUCACAGUACAGGGAUGGCUUGAAUUAUUCUGUUGUUUUACAGAGAGGAUGCCACACAGUAGCUGUACAGUUGUGAUCCCAAGUUUAUUUUCUUGUGAUACUUUCUCUUGACCCUUAUUGAAUUCAGGAAAUGAGUUAAAAAAUAAACUGUCAUGCAGUAGUUUCAGUUAUUCAGAAGCUGGUGGGAGAUUUACAGAUGCAUUUUGAAUUAAAUAAAUAACUGAACAACAAUAAUUGCAUAUGUAUACUGCCCAUAUUUACAGAGACAUUAAAAAUACAACAGCUACAUCCAGAAUUAGCAAAACCAGUUAUAAAAGCAUUAGCAAAAUAUACCAACAUAGACACAAUGGCUAAGAACAAUUAAAAACCCAUAUAAAAUGAGUUUAGUCACAUAAUACUAGAACAUGACAAACUCAAAGUGGGAAAGGAAGUUGUGAAGCAACCCAUGAAACUCUUUGUCAUGAAGAGCAGUCGAUUUGUUCACAUUGAACAUAGGAGCAGGUGAUGAAAUAAUUCAUUCUGAAAAAUGAGUAAAACUUCAUGCCGCGUUGUGGCAGACUGUCCUAUUACCAUUUUGUUUAUUUAUUUUGCUAAAAUAUUUAGUGCAUAUUUCCAUCUAAUAUAUGGAAGCCCAACAUAUUUCAUAUCAAAAUGCUUCUUUUAAAACAGAUAAGUUAUUUCGUAACAAAUUGGUUGUUUAUUGUAGGUUUAUGUUUGACAUUCUCACUCGCUCUACAUUGAAGUUUCUUGCUUGGCCUCUUCAUUAAGAUUGGAGAAAGUGUUAAUCAACUCGUAUUUUCCUUUUCAAUCUUUUCUAAAAAUAGCAUUUAAAAUGUGUUUUGUUUCAGGUUGGCUGUCGCGUUUUGAAGCCAAGUAUGAAGCAGACGCUUAUUAGAACUAAUGAGCUGAUGUAG